UAUAUAUCUUGCUAGUUUCCACAUCCUCUCCAUCUAGGAUCCAAUUCCAUGUCACAGCCAAAAUACAGCAUGCGCUUAGUUCUUUGUUUAUUGUUGGUUUAUGUUCAUGCGGUAGUAAUCUUUGCGGCAAGCUCAGAUGGUCGUAGACCACAAUCACAAGAUUGGUUAAACCAUGGUGGAGAUUUGUUCAACAGAAGAUACGCUGAUAAAGAGUUUAAGAUCAGCCCUCAAACGGCACCGAACCUACGUUUGAAGUGGAAAUUCUAUGCAGGCAAAGAUAUCACUGCAACGCCAGCCAUAUAUGAUGGCACCCUUUAUUUUCCAAGCUGGAAUGGUUACAUCUAUGCAGUUAAAGAAGAUGAUGGAUCCCUUGUUUGGAAGCAGAACUUGGAGAAUCUGACAGGUAUAAAUGCACCUGGUUUUGUUCUCAAUAUAAAUUGGACAGUGUCAAGAUCAACUCCCACUGUUGCUGGGGAUUUAGUGAUUGUUGGAAUCUAUGGCCCUGCUGUUGUUAUUGGUCUCAAAAGAACAAGUGGUGAACUUGUGUGGAAGACCACUUUGGAUAAUCAUCCUGCAGCACUCAUCACCAUGUCUGGAACAUAUUACAACGGAAGUUACUAUGUCGGAACAUCUUCGUUAGAAGAAGGCGCAACCAUUGAGCAAUGCUGCAUAUUUCGAGGAAGUCUUGCAAAAUUUGAUGCUCAAUCUGGUGCCAUCGUGUGGAAGACCUAUAUGUUACCAGAUAACAAUAACACAAGAGGGGAAUAUGCAGGAGCUGCCAUUUGGGGUAGCAGUCCCUCCAUUGAUGUUAACAGAAACCAUGUCUACGUUGCCACUGGAAACCUCUAUUCUGCCCCGUCACAUAUACUUGAAUGUCAAGAAAGACAAAGUAAUCAAACUAAACCUACUGAACCAGAUGAGUGUGUUGAACCAGAAAACCACUCCAACUCAAUCUUGGCCCUUGAUUUGGACUCUGGGAAUAUUACAUGGUAUCGCCAGCUAGGAGGCUAUGAUGUGUGGUUCGCUGCAUGCAACAAUGCUUCAACUCCUAAUUGUCCUCCUUCAGGUCCCAUCCCCGAUGCUGAUUUUGGUGAGGCACCAAUGAUGUUUACUUCAUACGUAAAUGGAACCAAGAAAGACAUGGUUGUUGCCGUUCAGAAAAGUGGCUUUGCUUGGGCUUUAGAUCGCAACAAUGGCAACCUCGUCUGGUUUACGGAAGCUGGACCUGGUGGGCUUGCAGGAGGUGGAACAUGGGGUGCAGCAACAGAUGAAACGAGGGUUUACACCAACAUUGCAAAUUCCGGGGCCAAAAAUUUCACUCUUGCACCAUCAAACAUGACUACAACCGCUGGUGGGUGGGUGGCAAUGAAUUCCAGCAAUGGCAAGAUUCUAUGGUCCACAGCUAACCCUAGCAACAGCACUUCUUAUGGCCCUGUCAGUGUUGCAAAUGAAGUUGUCUUUGCUGGAUCUGUUGAUAAAAUGGGAUCCGUUUAUGCAAUCAAUGGCAAGAGUGGGAAGAUCUUGUGGUCCUAUGAAACCGGAGGAAGUGUCUACGGAGGCAUGUCAAUUAGCAACGGAUGCAUAUACGUGGGUCAUGGAUAUAAUGUAAGUUUGGGGUUUCCCAUAUUGACAGGUGGAACUUCACUCUUUGCCUUCUGUGUCGAUCUGAAGUAAUUUUUAUAUGUAUUGAAAUGUAUGGAUCGCUUUUAUCAAAAAUAAAGAAAUUCAGAAGUAUAUAUGUUUUGGUUUA